ACAUACGUGGACAUCACAUUUUUAGUUGUGUGCGCCAUAAAACCUAAUUCUGUGUAAUUGGAACCUGUUGUACACAAACAUGGACACUUACACUGCCAUCUGGUGGGGUCAAAAGAGAAAAACACUUUACACAGAAAUUCCAAGAUGGCGGCGAACACAUCCGAAAAGUCAGGCAGCCGCACCAGACCAAAACGUCCACAAGGGCAUAUUCCUUUCAAAGGCACUGGAAAUAGUAUCGGAGUCAAUUGCUGGGGACAACUCAGAGGUAGAGGACUUGUCUGACAUUGACAACCCUGUAGAGGAUGUUGAUUACCAUCCUCCACAACAGGAGCCAAGCAGCAGUGAGGAGGAGAGUAGUGGGGAUGAAGAUCCCACUCCACAGUCCACUAAGGCCAGCCGGGGACGUAAACGUCUCCGUGGUGUAACUUAUGCUUAUCGUUCAGACCUUAGCAUUGCCAAAAAGUGGACGCUUCGGAUGCUCAUGCACUUCACAAAUGUUGCUUUAGCCAACAGCUGGCUACUGUACCGCCAAGAUCACACAGUACGUGGCACACCAAGAAAGGGCAUCAUGCAAUUUAUUGAAUUCCGAAUGGAAGUGGCUAAGACAUACUUGGCCCAGCAUAACAAUGAACAGGAAGACAGUACAGACCUCUCAGAACAGGAAAACAACACAGACCAUUCAGAGCCAGAGAAAAAGCGCACUGUGAAGGAAGUGCCCCACAUCUCAGUCUGCAGAAGGGCUAAUGCACAUCCUUCCAUAGGUGGUCUAUCUGAAGAAUGCAGCACUUGAGUUCAAUUUGUAACAUGCAAGGUGUUCUUGUGCUUGCAAGCUGCAGGCAACUGUUACACAGUUUUUCACAGUGGUUAAGUGUGAUCAACUGUUCCCACAGAUAAAAAAAGACAUUCCUAGUUUGGAGUAGUUAAAGUUUUGGGCUGUUGUGUGAUAUGACCGCUUGUUUCUUAUAAAUGAUGUUUUUCUAUAUCCAUGUUUAGAAGUUGAAACGUAUAUAUGCAACAGUAACAAUAAAAACUGUUCAGGCACAGUACUCAGGCUUUAAAUAAAAGAGAUUUGCACUUUGUU